CCUGUUGACAUCGGCCCGAUACACCGGCAAUGGACGGCCAGGAUGAAUUCUCCGGCGACUUCAUGGUGCUGCGGCCGGACAAGGGCGGCGUCCGCAGCCUCCUCCACCUGCUGCGUUCCAGCGACGUCAGCGAGAGCGACGCCGUCGACUGCGCCGCUGGGGGUAAGGAGGUCGCAGACCGGUGGAUCAUCUUUGUCUCCAUCGUCGCGCAGAUGCUGCUGCUGUGGGUGAAGACGCCCUUGGCCAAGCUCGGGAGCGCCGUCGAGUACUGGAUGAACCUCAUCACGGACAACGGUGGCGGCGUGCUCAAGCUUAUCAGAAACGCCAUGCAAGGCAAGUUACGAGUUCCGGACAGAGAAUCCCCCAACUAUCGAUCGCUCAUCGGACUUAUCGACAUGAGAAUCGAAUUGGACAAGAAGAUCAAGGCUGAGAAUGGCGGUUACCUCGCUGCUCUGGGCAUCAUGGCCUCCAAGAUAGCGUACGAGAACGAGCACGUCAUCAAGAACGUCGUCGAAAACCACUGGCACAUGAAGUUCCUCGAGUUCUUCAAUUGCUGCGCGGAAGACUGGUGCACGGACGUGGACAUCUCCUGGUAUGAGAUCCCCGGGGUGGGCAAGGUCCACGGCGGCUUCAUGAAGGCCCUCGGGCUGCAAAGGAAUGCCGCCGGCUGGCCGGCGGAGAUUGAGGCGACCAAGGACCGGCUGUUCGCCUACUACGCCGUCCGCGACGCGCUCAAGAAAUCCCUAGCAGCCAACCCGCGCGCCCAGUUCGCGGUGACCGGCCACAGCCUGGGGGGCGCGCUCGCCGUGCUGUUCCCGGCCAUCCUCGCCCUGCACGGUGAGCACGACCUGCUGGCAAGGCUCCACGGCGUGUACACGUACGGGCAGCCGCGCGUCGGGGACGCGCGGCUCGGGGAGUUCGUGGAGCGGCAGCUCGACACGCCGGCCGCGAGGGGGAGGUACUUCCGGUUCGUCUACUGCAACGACAUCGUGCCGAGGGUGCCGUUCGACGGCCUCUUCAAGCACUUCGGCCGGUGCAUCUACUUCGACGGCUACUACAGGGCGCGGGCCAUGGAGGAGGAGCCCAACAAGAACUACUUCUCGCUCGCGUUCGUGGUGUCCAAGUACGUGAACGCGGCGUGGGAGCUCGCCCGGGGGCUCGUCAUCGGGCACGUGGACGGGGCAGAGUACGUGGAGGGGUGGACGAUGAGGGUCGCCCGGGCGGUCGGGCUGAUCAUCCCAGGCCUGCCGGCCCACGCGCCGCAGGACUACGUGAACGCCACCAGGCUCGGAGCCGCGUCGCUCGACCUGCUUCUCCGUGAUCAUUAA